AUGGUUGAAGGAAGUAAAAUUGAUUCGGCAGCUCAUUCGAAUGAUCCUGCAACACAUGCUCAUGAAAUUUUUGCAUAUCAUGACACAAUUUCACUUGUUAAGCAAUAUGUUAGCGACCAUCCAGGGACUGUGAUGAUUUCAGUUAGUGAUCAUGAAACUGGUGGAUUAUCACUUGCACUUCAAACUACUCACAAAUAUCCUGAAUAUGGAUGGUAUCCAGAAGUGUUAACUAAGGCUGAUCGUAAAGACUAUAUUAAAAAACUUCUUGAAAAUAACUUGGGUAUUAUAGAUUAUACACAGGAGGAUAUUGAAUAUUUGAACCAAAAUCAACUCCAAUUAGAUUAUGAAUUAUAUUUGUCCAAUAUGACUAGUCACAGAGCUGAAUUAGGGUGGGCAACUCAUGGACAUUCUGGUGUUGAUGUUAAUUUGUAUGCAUAUGGUGAUAAUAUUGAUUAUUUAUAUGGAAAUCAUGAGAACACUGAUAUUGGUGAAUUUAUUAUUAAUUAUCUUGGUUUGGAUCUUAAUGGUAUAACUAUGAAAUUAAACAAUGGAGGUCUUUUAUUAUUGACUGGUGCAUCUUAUCCAAGAUUAUAUGGAACACCUGCUUUUAUUGGAUAUGGUGCUUCAAAAGCAACAGUGCAUCAUCUAAUACUUAGCUUGUCAGCUGAAGGAAGUGGCAUGCCUAACAAUUCAAAAGUUGUUGGGAUUUUACCAACAACAAUUGAUACGCCAGCAAAUCGUCAAAGUAUGAGCAACGCUGAUAUUUCUAAUUUUACACCUUUAGAUGUUAUAGCCAAGUAA